GUUCUGUGUUUGUAAUCUGUGGUUUUGGAAAUCCCAAAGAAGUAAACAAUUUACAAAAUUAUUUAAAUUUUUCGACAUUAAACGAGUGUUUCCUGUUGUGUUGAGGUUUGAUAAUACUGCAAAUAUAUAGAUUUUGAUAUUUUUCCUGUGAUCUUCCACAAAUUCCAAUUCUAAGAUUUUGCCAGUGAAAAUUUGAUAAAUGAGAAUUUCUUAGCUAUUUCAUAUUUGGUUUCAGAAUUGAAACAUGGCUUCAUCAUCAUCAUCUUCAUCAGCUUCAACAUCAUCGCAACCUGAUUCACCUGAGACUUUCUACAGAAAAAUGCUUGCUGCUGCUAUCGGUAGCAUUUGUCUGGGUGAAGGCUUUGAUACCAUUGAGAAAGAUGCCCUAGGAACGCUUGUAGAAAUGUUACAAUGUUAUCUGAGCCAAAUAGGUCUGUCUAGUAAAAAUUACUGUGAGUUAGCAGGAAGAACAGAGCCUGUUGUAGCUGACAUAAUCUUAGCCUUUGUCGAACUGGGUAUCACUAUUCCUACAUUGGAAGAUUUCAUGAAAAGUUCUAAAUAUCCCUCACUGCCUCCCAUAGUUCCUCAGCAACCCCCAAAACAACCAAAUAUGCUCACAGCUGGGGUCAGACAACCUUUGCCACCACAUAUUCCCUCUCAUCUACCUGAGUUUCCAGUACCACAUGCUUAUAUUAGAACGCCUACACAUCGGCAACCAAUUAUUGAUUAUGAAUCAGUCAGAGAAAAAGCUGCAAUUCAAAAGAAAGAUGUAGAACGAGCAUUGACUAAAUUUCUUGCUAAAACUUCACCAGCCACUCAUAAUCUUUUCGAUACAGAUGAUACCAAUAUUUUUCCUUUAAUUGCUACUCAGCCAAGUAGUACUCCAUAUUUGAGCGCCCUACUCCCACAAGAUCAAAUUUUUGAUCAGGAAGACCUAGAGUAUGAUCCUAAAGGAGAAAUUGUGGGGCAUAAAAAGGAGCAUGUAAGGAAAGAAGAUGUGAAGAUGGAAAAAACAGAAGAAGAGGUCAGUGAAAGUUCGAGAAGUGAAGAUCCUAAUUCUUCAAAUAAUUUCAUAGACAAUCCCUAUCUUGCUGCAACAAAACUACCAAAUGAUGAAGAUAUGGAUAUUUCUUAGUAUGAAGUUUUUUGAAAAUCAGAAGAAUUUCAAAGGCUAGUGAGCAAUUUUUAUUGAUAUUUUUUCAAUUUGUAAAUUAUUUCAUUGGAUUUUUAUUU